AGCCGUUGUACUGAGGUGCAAAGCGUCUGGAUACGAGUCUGGUAGCUGGCUUCUGUAAAGAUAUCUUGACGCUUGUUGAAUAUGAAAAACAGAUGAAAGCAGAAGACUGUGAAUACAACUGUUUUUUGUUGUUGUCUUUUAUCUACUUAGUUAGCUACUCUUUAUUAUAGUGCCUAAAAACAACAAACAUCAAGAGACGUCUUCCUCCAACCAAAUCAACCAUAAAUUCGACAUCAGGACAGGAUGUCAAAAUUUAGCUUCAGGAGAAGUGAAAAGAAAGCCUUUAAGCACAUAGCUCAUGGCUUGAUCCCUGCAGCCACCAUCGCCCCCAGGCCUGCUGUACCCCGUACCCCUCCCCCCCGCAGCCCGUACCCCUCUCCGGAGAGACCCAGGUCUGCCUUGGCAGCCGCCAUCUUGUCGUCGUCGUUGACCGGCCGGACCAUCGCCCUACCUCCUGCACGCCCCAGAUCCUUCUCCGAGAGUGACCGCUCACUAUCGGAGACACACGCCACGUUCCAGCCUUACGCCAGUACAGCGCUCUACACCAGAGACGGAUGGCCAGAGUCUUUGGCUGGCCGGCCUCGCUUACCCUCCCCUGGGCUGUCUGAAGACCAUGAUGAUGAUGAUGAAGAGGAGGACGUAGAGAGAUCGGUUCUGUCAGAUGAAGAUGGUCAUGUCUACCAAUCUCUGGAUCGCCAGGGGAGAAGUCCGACCAGAGACAGAUAUGACGUAUACGCUCGGCCUGUGAAACAGAGUGAUGUUCUGUCAGAGGGAAAAGAGGAGACUGAUGACUCCGCCUUCGACAUAGUGUCUCCUCUUCCUCCAGAGGAAGCUGAGAUUCAACGGUCACCAGUUCAGAAGGCCACAUCACCCAAACUGGAGCAGAGGCCUUCGUCUCGUAGAAGCAUGCCUUCCCCAGAUUUAACAGAAGAAAUCUUUCCUGCGUCUAAGAAGAGGUCUUCAGCCCAGAAAAUCAAGAGUUCAGGAAGCAGGAGAGAUGGACCAUCAGAGGCCAGCAGUGCCUACAGAGAGGUUUUGGACAUGCAGAAGGAGAUGGUUCGGUCUUUAACAGAGCAGAAUCAGGCCCUGGGGGCAGACAGGAGGCUGCUGGAACAGAGGUGUACAGAACAGAGCCUGCAGCUGCAGAGGAGCCACCAGAGGGUCCAGAGUCUGGAGCGGGAUCUCAGCAAGGCCCCUGUCCCUACAGCAGGUGAACAGGCAGAGCUGCUGAGUCUGAGGCAGCAAGGCCAGGAGCUGGUAGACGAGAACGACAGGCUGAAGAUGACCGUCCAUCGCCUCAACGUGGAGCUCAGUCGCUACCAGACACGCUUCAGACCCCUGGGCAAAGAAGAGAGCUCCAGGACCCAUGGCCUGCCACUUAAAGGAUCUGCUCCUCCCUGGCUGUUGGACAUGAAGUAUUUAUCUCCAUUGUUGCUGGCUUAUGAAGACCAGCUCGCUGAGAAAGAUGCUCUUCUGCAGGCCUCGGAGGAGGAGUUGAGGAGGUUCCGGGGCCGUGUGGAGGAGGUGGUGCAGGAGAACCAGAAACUACACCAGGACCUGAAACAGACAGGAGGAGUCAAUCACAAGGAGUGGAGGCAGCUCCAGGACCAGGCCCGUCUGGUACUUCAGGAGAACCAGCUCCUGAUAGAGCAGCUGGAGGUGCAGCACACUAAGGCCAAGGAGAGUCAUGGGAGACAUCUGACUGAGGUCUCUAAGUUGUGUAAGCAGCUGAUGUUGCUGGAGGCAGAGAAGCAGAAGCUGGAAGGUGAGCUGGAGGUAACGAGGAGAGAGCUCCACACUCUGCAGACAGAACACCUUCAGGCACGCUGCAGUCUGGAGAACGCUGUCAGCUGGGACGAACACCACGCCAUCGCCACCAAACUCAAACGCCAACUGGAGGCUGAUUCAGGCCGUCAGCAGACUGAGCUGGAGGAUCUGCAGCAGAAAGUGACUAGUCUGCAGACAGAGAAGAACAGUCUGCUGUUGGACAAAACCAACCUGACUGCCGACAUCAGGAAUCUGGAGGCUGGACUGGAGGCGUCUCGACAUGCUAACAGGAAGGCCCAGCAGCGUAUAGGCCUGUUGAAGCAACAAGUUGAUGACUCUAUAGAGAAGGAGAUGAGAGCCCAUCACUACCUGUCCUCUAUCGUAGCUCUGGCUGAGAAGACCACACAGGAGAGAGACCAGCUAGUAUACAUGGCCUCAUCCCUAGAGCACGACAAGCAGGGUGUGAUCAGCAGGAUUGUGGACGACACCGUGCGGCUCGGAAAGCUUCAGGAGAAGGUCAAGAUGUACAAGAAGCAGGCAGCCUGCAGCCUGGGGGUUCUGGGCCAGAGGCUGGUGGAGCAGGAGGAGGACUUUGCAGGGAGGGCUGCCUCCUACCAGACAGAAAUACAGCACCUCCAGAGGCUUCUAGGAGACAAACAGCAGGACCUGGACGGAGUGCUGCAGCAGAAAAGAGAGGUGGAAGGUGAGUUGGAGGUGGUGUGGGAGGCAGCGACCAGAGAGAACCAAAGAAUUAGGGAGACUCUCCAGGACUCCAGCCCAUCUCUCCCCUCCCUCAGCCCAGCCAGAGUGCACCAUGGCAAGGGUCUGAGCGAUGGACCCUCCCCCAGCUGGCUCUCCCACCCCCAGGAUGAGGUGUUCUACCCCCGUCCGCACCCUGACAGCUCUGGCCCUCCUCCCUGUGUCUCGUCUCCCCAGAGCGGCGGCCGGCCCGGCCUCCACCACAGCCCUAUGUUCGAGUCCGACUCGGACCAGCACCAGAACCCCUCCUCGGAUGAGAGCGAGAAGAACGGCAUGGACUUCUAUUCUUAGUGUCCCUUUUGUAUUGGUCUUACAGAAGACAAGUAGCCUGGUCCCAGAUCUGUUUUAGUGGCCUGGUCCCAGAUCUGUUUUAGUGGCCUGGUCCCAGAUCUGUUUUAGUAGCCUGGUCCCAGAUCUGUUUUAGUAGCCUGGUCCCAGAUCUGUUUUAGUAGCCUGGUCCCAGAUCUGUUUUAAGUAGCCUGGUCCCAGAUCUGUUUUAAGUAGCCUGGUCCCAGAUCUGUUUUAGUAGCAUGGUCCCAGAUCUGUUUUAGUAGCAUGGUUCCAGAUCUGUUUUAGUGGCCCUGUUUUAGUGGCCCGGUCCCAGAUCUGUUUUAAGUAGCCUGGUCCCAGAUCUGUUUUAAGUAGCCUGGUCCCAGAUCUGUUUUAGUAGCCUGGUCCCAGAUCUGUUUUAGUAGCCCGGUCCCAGAUCUGUUUUAGUGGCCCGGUCCCAGAUCUGUUUUAGUGGCCUGGUCCCAGAUCUGUUUUAGUGGCCCGGUCCCAGAUCUGUUUAAGUAGCCUGGUCCCAGAUCUGUUUUAGUAGCAUGGUCCCAGAUCUGUUUCUGCUCUUGCUAACUCCAUUGUUCAUUGUCAAGCCAAACAUGACAUGACAAUUCCAUAAGGAGUUGGCAGGAGAGUAGAACCACCCUGGCGUCAGACUAGAAGACCAGGUCUGUAUUGGUCAGGCUAGAAGACCAGGUCUGUAUUGGUCAGGCUAGAAGACCAGGUCUGUAUUGGUCAGACUGUUCAAACCGUUCCCAAGGCAUUAACUUGAUUUACAAUGUUAAAAACCAAAGUAGUUUAUUUACAAAAGCUCUAUUUUGAAUGUGUAUGAUCUCUGUGUUAUUGAGUAGAUUUGAUACGUAUAACUGACUCAGUCUCAAUCAAACUGUAUUACUGUGCGUCUAUUAGCCAAUCUAGCUUUACAACCAUUCUAUUGAAAAUAACAAUCAACUUCAUUUGAGUUACAGUAACGAUUGUAUGUCACAAUCUAGCUCUUUACAAAUAAAUUGAUUUUCUUCUGUUCA